AUGGAAAAGCAGAUGGAGGAGCAGCAACUGCAACAUGCGUUACAGCAGUCACAAAUGGAACGCCUGUUACAGUUGCAGGAGGAAGAAAGGGCCCACAGACGGGCAUGGGAAGAAGAGGAGGCUAGGCGCCAAACUGCACAAAGAGAGUUGGACCAACGCCGAUGGGGAGCGUUGGCCUUCUCUAACCAGAUGGCGAUUAAUAACACCAAGGUGCUCCAUGACCAAGAGCGCCAUCAAAGAGAUUAUCAAGCCAGACUCCCAUAUGUUGAACACUCGAGGUGGAUAGAUUACCCCAACCUUCCUCAUCCGCAAGGGCCAUCCGAUCCAACCCCUCAUUGGCCCGAGGCAGUCGGCUCUAGUUUCAUUCCGAUUCCGUACCAACCGCCACCUCAACAAGAGUCGAGCCCGCUAGAUAACUACAGGGAUAUGUUUGAGGCCCUCACUGGUUAUCCGUAUCAGCCGAACCCGCCAGUGAACCCUAACGAGAGAUAUCAGCGGUAG